AUCGAGUCAACUUUGCAGCUUUGUCUGUAGUUACUAGUCUGUACUGGCUGUUCAUAUAAAAUAUAAUUCAUUCUCUUUGCUAUAGUGAUUAGUGAGUACUGACUGCUUUUGUACUUUAUAGUACGCGAUCGCGUUGUUUUGUGCUUUUCAUUAUUUUUUAUAUUUAUGCUGGUUACUUGAGUUUAUGUAUUUUAAUUCAUUAUUAAGCUUCGAGUUAAGGUUUGGUGCGUGUUUUAUUGUACAUUACGUAUUGAACCAUAACAAAGGUGUAAUCUUGUCACAAGCGAAAUCGGUUGAAAAGCCGUGAUGGCGGUGCUUGCGGCGGCCCAGUUGCUUGAUGAAUUGAUGGGUCGACAUCGGAACACUAAUCCAAAUGAAAAGAUCAAAAAACCUAAUUGGGAAGAUCCUGAGUAUUGUAAAUACUACAUGGUGAAAUUUUGCCCUCAUGAUUUAUUUGUCAACACAAGGGCUGAUCUGGGAGCCUGUCCUAAAGUCCAUGAUGAAGAGGUUAAAGAACUGUUUGAUAAAGCAGAAUCUUCAUACAAGAAGUCCCAGUAUGUUGAGGAAUUUCUAAGGUUCUGCAAGCACAUGAUUAAUGAUGUGGAAAGAAAAAUUCAAAAGGGUAAACAAAGAUUGGAACUCAUGAAUUCAAAACCUGAAGGUCCGCCCAUGACCCAAGCUCAGACUGAGAAGAACCAAGAACAAGUUCAACUGUUAUCUGAAAAAAUUACUUCACUGGUACAAGAGGCAGAGGAAGCAGGCAUACGAGGUGAUGUGGAACAAGCACAGGGUCUGAUGAAGCUGUGUGACAGACUGAAAGAAGAAAAGGAGCAGUUACUUAAACAACAAGAAAAUAGCCAUUGGUCAAUGACUGCCGAAUUGGCUGCUGCCCAAGAAAAGCAGAUGGAAGUGUGUCCUGUGUGUGGUGCCUUUUUGAUCGUCGGUGACGCUCAACAGCGCAUUGAUGAUCAUCUAUCUGGAAAACAACAUGUUGGAUAUUUUAAACUCCGCCAAGCUUACGAAGAAAUGAACGAGUCGCGCGAAAAAGAGCAACAAGAGAAAGAGAGGCGGCGCCGGGAGGACAGAGAGAGGGAACGCAGCAGUCGCAGCGGGGGAGGGCUCGGCGGCCUCGGUUCGGACCGCCGCGACAGAGAGCGUAUGGAACGCGACCGCGAACGAGACAGGGAACGGAGCGACAGGGACAGGGAGCGCGAGAGAGAGAAGGAUAAGGACAGGGAGAGACACCGGAUGGUUAGAGAAGAAAGGCCCAGCCGCCACGACGACAGGGAGCGAGAGCGAGAGCGAGAUCGCGACCGGGAACGGGAACGCGAUCGCGAACGUAGGCACCGCAAGGAAAGAAGAUCGCCAUACGAACGGACGUCCGUCCGGCGGCGUUCGCGAGACCGCCACUAGCAUGACUGAGGUAUCACAAAAGCGCCUGAAAUCGUUGGGAUUCUAUAAAGGAGUGAAAGAAGACGUCACCCAGAACUACAGAUAAAGAGGUACUUUUGAAAUUAAGACACACACGAAGAGACGGACGCGUCCACAGACGUAUCUGCCGACCAACGGUUUCGAGGUGAAUUAGAAUAGUCAAGUGUAAUUAAGAAAUUUCGAUGUUAGUUGUUGAUACUGAUAGAUAGUUCAGACGCAUGUGGUCCUCGUUUAAAGGGCUUGUUAUCGUUUGGACUCUUGCUCACCCUGCUUUAUGUACUUGAAUAUAUAACUCCCUUAAUAUAAUGAAGUUGCUGUAGAUGCACAAGUAUAUUAUGUAGUAGAACACAGCGGCAAUCUGUUAGUUAAAUUAUUAAACUUUCUUUUAUAACUUAUAAUAUACGAGCUUAAGAUAAUUAAUUAGGAAGCUUGAUUUUAAAUUGAUGAUAUUGUUGUCCUUAAAUUUUGUGUCGACGAAAAGCGACUGUGGUGCCAAAAAGGCUUAUUGCAAUAUUAUAUAAGUGCUUGGCAAAUUUACAAUUUUUAAUGAUUUAAACGAUUUAAAUAGCUUGGUGAGCAAAAGUCCUUAAAAUUUAGGUUUCUAUUAUAAUAUGUAACAUGUAGCUACCUCUGCAUUAUGUUUGAUCCCUAAGGACUUACUCUUUAUACUGUAAACGAGUUUCCACUGAGGAGUGAUUCAGGUAUUUAUAAAAUUAUUUUUUAUUCCACAAUAAUUAUGUCAUUGCGUUUUUCGAGUAUGAAUAUGGAAGUGUGAACUAUUAGGGACAAUUUUAAUAAAAAAAUUUAGAGGAAUUA